GAAAUUCCUUUCAGCAACUUUAAAAUUUUCAAAACUAAACAAUAAGUUUCAUAUUAGACUCUCCAAAGUAUAAUGUAUUAAAAUAUCAAAGUAUAAUUUGAAAACAAAUCUGCGGCGUAAUAGUAAUAUUGACAUUUCAUUAAUAAUCUGCAAUUCAUAAUAAAGAUGUCAAAUUGAAAAUAAAAGUAUUCAUAAUAAUACAUUAAAUUAAUGAAGCUAGUGCAAACAAUCGACAAUAUAUCGUAAUAAAUAACUCAAAAUAACGUAUGGAGAUUUUACAUACUGUUUGCAAUAAGUUACUUCGAAUUCAACUGAUAGGUGUAGCGAAUCCAUUAGUGUAAUCUCCAAAAUUGAAAAAUGCGAUAAAAAUUCACAUAUAACAAGCGUCAGCACUUGUUAAAACUGCAAAAUCUGUAAUCAUUUUUAGCUCAACCAACAAUGCAUUUAUAUUCGUCAUUUUUUGUUCUCAUCUUUCUACUAAAUCUUGUGAAAGGGAUAAAAUCCAAAUAUGAAUCACAAGAAGAACCCCUGCCACUUAAACGUCCCCGAUUCGAUCUAGAAGAGGAAGUUGUACGUUUACCAAAACAUCCUCGAAUCGAUACAGACGAGGAACUUCCACCUCCGAUUGGUAUCCGGCCAAAACCUAUCCUAAUCGAUCCAAGAGAGGAACUUCCACUUCCGAUGGAUAUAUUAGAAGAGUAUAUGUAUUCACCGGCAUUUCUUUCUCAGUCACAUCCGUACUGGCAUUGUUCCCCUUUAUAUUCGCAGCAAUUUCAUUCGAUGAUAAAUUUUAAACACAAACCAACUACGGCCUUGAAUUUUCCUCGACAAAUACCAAAAUGGCUUAGGGAACAAAGUAGAGCAAGAAGAGCAUAUCAAACACAAAAAAAGAAAAUGACGAUUGCCGAACUUUUAAUGAAGGAGGGAAUUAUUAAACCACCAACAGAAGAAAAAUACACAAGCAAAAUUACAGACAAAGUGAAGGACAUGUACACGAAUAAAAUGCAUUUUAUAAAAGAUAAAAUAAGUAAAAAAAAGAAAAAAUCUGAAGCAGAAAAACCUAUUGAAAUGGAAUCUAAAGAAGAAGAGUAUGACGAUGAAGAAUUGGAUGACAGUUUUUGGGAUUCCGAUGAAGAUGAUGACUCCGAUGAAGUUUCCAGUGAUGCAAAUACAAACUAUAAUUAUAAUGUUAAUACUAUUAUGGCACGUCGUAAAUUGCCUUCAAAAACCAAAGGAAAAAAGCGGAAUCUGUACAAAAAGAAGAAAGUCGGCUAAAUUAAUGGAUUAAAAUAUUGAUUAAAAAAUUAUAGACUUAAUCAGAAAUAUAAAUAAAACGUUUUAAAUAAAAAAAAAUAGUAUUGUAUUUUUACAAUGAAGAUUAUAUUUAUAAGACUUUUGUAUGUUUAUGCGAAAAUACAACUGAAACACUCAUCGUAAAAACACCUCGAGAGCUUUGUAAAUCCGAGUUAUGCGAUACGCGACUUUAAUCGCUCAUAAUUACCCAAACAAAAUUGAUUUCCACGUGAGUAAGAUGCAGUUCACAUCGACGCUAACUUCGGGAACGUUUUAACGUACUUCAUCUCAAGUAACGAUAAAAAAUAUAAAAUGUUAUAUCUGACUUUUGUUAUUUUAUUUGCUGGGACAUUAGGGGUUCUGGCUGAGUCUCAUGAAAUGGACGAAGAUUCUUCAGAAAAUGAAGUAAUCUCAUUUAGCGAUGAAGUAUCAGAUGAAAUAGAACAAUUUCCAAGUCGACCAUUUGAUUUCAAUUAUAGUGGAAAUCAAGAAAGAAAAGUAGCACAAAAAUCAUCAUACAGUAAUCCGAAAUUGUUAAAGAACAGCAAAACCUUGGGUAUUAUCAAACCUGUUUAUUUAACUAAAAACAUGCGCUACCCUUAUUUUACAGCACCUCUAUAUAACGCAAUUCUCAAACCUAAAAAAUUCACCGAGAAAAAUGAAAAUACUUCUGAAAAUGAGUCUAUAGAUGAAAGUUCCACGAAAAACGGAAAUCAGAAAAAAAUCACUUUAUCCAGUUGUAAUUUUGAGAAAACCUCUCCCAAAUGUAACUUUCUGGCUAAAAUAAUAAAUAUACCAUCGAAAAAUCCAGAUCGAGUAAAAAUCGCUUCAGAAAAGCAGCAAAACAGCAAUCUUGAUUCAGCGAAAAAUAAGCAGACCUUGAAUCUGGGUACAGAGCUAAAUAUAACGAUCACUCCAUUUGAAGAAGAAAUGCAUGUCCCGAUUAUGCAGGACUUAAAUCGUUUGAUGAAUAUUUUUAAUAGUUUGAGUGACCCGCAAUAUAACAGCUUUGAUAAAAUAAGUGGACAAAAAUCUUCUAAAUCCGUAAUCAUAAAAGCAAUUGAUAAAAUUAAUGAACGUUCAGGUACAGUAGAAAAAGAUGACGUUCCCUUGAAGAUGAAAAAAUCAGAACAACUAAAUGCGCUGUCCAAAUCAAAAGAGCAAAUGACAAAAAUAAAUAUUUUACCAAAUCAAGAAAAAGUAAAUGUUCAAAUUGAUAACAGUAUUGAGAAGUUGAGAGAGAAAAUUUUGAACAAAAAUGACAAUUUUUAUGAUUUUAUGCAAACUUUUAGCAGCAACGUUUUUAGAACAUCUUUGGAAUACGUAAAUAAGAUUCGAAACAUAUAAAUCCUAUGAUUGAAUAAUAUACUGUAAUAUUUGCUAAUAAAUGUAACUGUUAUUACGAAAAAAAUGUAAUUCAUUGUCAAUUCCUUUGAUUAUUCUAAGAUCAAGUUUUGAGAUCAUAAUAUACACAGGUUAUCGAAUUAAAAAAUCUUCAAAAACAACAUAUAUUUUGAAAUUAUGGCACUUGCCUUUUAUUAAAAACAAAUUUGCGUUUGUUAAUCAUAAAAAUUAUAAACAAUAUCAAGGAUGUAAUUACAAAAUACACUGGUCGGCUUUAUGCGCUUUGCAGAAAUCAGUCUUAACCCUCUGAUUAUCAAAAGGAAAUGUCAUUACGGUAGUAUCGUGUCAAUGUAAAUCACAUACGGAAAUCUACAGUAAGAAAUUCUGAAAACUUUGUAGGUUCUCAUGGCAGUAUUUUGAAAUACAAAAAUUCUUUAAAAACAAACAAGCUGUCGUUUCGUCUUGUUUGUUAGAAAAAUGCAUAUAUAAAACGCAUAUAUAGUGUCAAAAGCUCAUUAGCUUGUAAAAAGACGCUUUUUUGU